GGUUAUAUAUGAAGCUUGCAGUGAGAGAGUAGAUCCCAGUUCCCCUGCGAAUCCCCUUAUUUAUUCCCUAUAGGCUGUUCCUCCGGUUCCUCUGGAUUGAAGUUAAUUGCAGAAGGAAAUUUGCCAAUCGCCUUGCGUUGCUCGUGAUCAACCCCAAUUCCUGCCUGAUUUCACCUUGUAAUACUGGAGCCUCUCAAUCGGGUUUAGUGCUGGUCUAGUCUCGACGUCACGAACGAGACUCUAGAGUUGCAACCAAAGCAUUUCAUUUCCAGCCCAACUCGCUCCACUCUCCCUCCCCAGCCUUCAAAGGGGAAAAAGUACCCAAAAGCCCACUCCUUUCCCACCCCGGCUCAAGUGAAGGAAAUUCGAAAGUGUCAUUGAUCCAUCUACUUCAUCGGCUCUCAAGCGUGGUUCCUUACCUUCAUCACCACUCACCCACCUUUCCACUGCGGACCAUCUCGUGUCUCGAUCUCGGACCCGUUGCAUUGCCCACCCUCUCGCCUUGAUUCCUCUUCCGUCGCAUCCCGUUGCGCCCUCUGACACACGUCACUCCUGCGCAAAGAAAUCUCUUGAAAGCUACCGCCUCGUCCGAUUCGCAGCCAAUCUCGGCGGCUUUCUUCUCUAUUCCUUCGUUUCAUCCCUUGUGUCUAACAUUUCGCACUCGGACAAUUCGCCAUGCAUCGCACCUAUUCUAUGCGCCAGUCGCGCCUGCCGACGGCCUCGCAGAUUGAGAAUCCUCCUCCGCCAUUGUCUUCCACCAAGACAAACAGAAUCUUUGGAAAGGGCGGUUUUGGCCAUGCCUUGCGCAAGAACACGGCUGGCGCCUUCGGGCCUGACCUCGCCAGAAAACUCUCCCAAUUGGUGAAGAUGGAGAAGAACGUCAUGCGCAGCAUGGAGAUGGUCUCUAGGGAGCGUAUGGAAACUGCUCAACAACUCUCCAUCUGGGGUGAAAACUGCGACGAAGAUGUUUCCGAUGUCACCGACAAGCUGGGCGUCUUGCUCUACGAGAUUGGCGAAUUGGAAGAUCUCUUCGUCGACCGCUAUGACCAGUACCGUGUCACCAUCAAGAGCAUCCGCAACAUUGAGGCUUCUGUUCAGCCCAGCCGCGACCGCAAGCAGAAGAUCACCGAUGAGAUUGCUAAGCUCAAGUACAAGGACCCCAACUCUCCCCGCAUCGUCGUUCUGGAGCAAGAGCUUGUCCGUGCCGAGGCCGAAUCCCUCGUGGCUGAAGCCCAGCUCUCCAACAUCACUCGUGAGAAGCUCAAGGCAGCCUUCCAGUACCAGUUCGAUGCGCUCAGGGAGCAUUGCGAGAAGGUGGCCCUCAUCGCUGGUUACGGCAAGCACCUCUUGGACCUGGUUGAUGACACGCCGGUUACUCCCGGCGAAACUCGCCAUGCCUAUGAUGGAUAUGACGCCAGCAAAGCUAUCAUCCAAGACUGUGAGGAAGCCCUUGCCAACUGGGUUACCUCCAAGGCAUCGGUCAAGCCCACUCUCUCGCAGCGCUCGCGCACCCUGUCCCAGCGUCACCGUGAGACCCUCAAGGGCCGUGAAGGCGUCGAUCUUUCCGGACAGGACCAGCCCAUGGGCCGUGACUCUUGGGUACCCGCGGAUCAGCAUGCGACCUACCAGCACGAGGUAGAGGACGGUGAGGAAGUGGCCAGCACCGUGGAUGGAGAGUCGCGGGGUCGAGAAGAGGAGCGGGAGCCCGUCACGGUGUCUGUUUAAAAUAGGAUGAGAAAGUGGUGAAGACCAGUUUACCUUGGUGGAUCAUGUACGCUCUUUGAGACCGCCAGAGUACUGAUCGAUUCUCUCAUCUUUGUCUCUAUAUUUGCGGUUUGAGAUUCCCGCUUGUUAUGUUGUUGUUCUUCCUUGAUGCCUUUUGUGUUUCUUUACCCCUAACGAGUUUCCUGUUACCUUACGAUUAAUUCAACCCCUGACGACGCAUGUCCCGACCCUAAUAUCGAGACAUUCUCCUGUUGGUGAAGGAAUUGGAAUCCUACACGAGCGGUGAAAAAUGUUCGCGAUCCAAGGAGACAUAGCCGGGUCAAAGGGGAACUUACUCUAUUGUCGAACUGAUUAAUGUAUUACUAUACCACCUGCGAGGAGGAUGGGGACAGAAAGAAGGGGAGAGAAGGAGAGAGAGAGAGUAUCUAUAGUUGAUGCAUUCCUUGAGUUCGUCUCGUGCUCGUGGUUUGAAUCCGUGUGUUUUGGGAUAGGAGUAGGUACUUAAUGAACUUGUUAAUGAGCUGUGCAAUGGCCUGCAUUCGAUCCAAUUCUAUUAAACAAGUC